AUCUUGACUCUCAACGCCAACCACCAUCUCUGCGUUUUCGCUAUCUGGGUUCCCUCAGCUUCUGUAUUGCCUGAGUUGAGCUUUCAACUGUAAAAGACUAGAAUUGUCGACAUUCUUGCGUAUCGUGCAAAACAUCUUCGUCGCCAGAACACGUCAAUCACUGAGCGGUUACCUCAACUGAAAAAGCACUUGGAAGCGUCCACGUAAACAUGAAUCGUCACCAUCCCUAUGGCGGGGGAUACGAUCACAGUCGCAGAGGUGGCCCCGGGCAAGGGGGCUUUGGUCCUGACAGAUCACAUCGCUUCUCAGAUAGGGGAGGCCCUUCUCGGGGGAGAGGUGGCUAUCGUGGUGGUCGCGGGGGUACACCCAGCUAUGGAGGCUACGACGGAAGCUUAGCAUAUGAUCAAGGCCCGCCCCAGGGCGACAUGGGAGGUUACACUAGCUACGACUCAGGCGCACAAGACACCUACUAUCAAAAUGGCAGUUACAAUGCUGGAAUGCCUGGUCAGUAUGGCUCUACAACAGACGCCUCUGGUGCAUAUGAUCAGAAUUACGGGAGUUAUGAAGACGGCUCAAGCCAAGGUUACGGUCAAGGUGGAUAUGGACAGCGUGGUGGUUUCAAACGUGGCGGCGCUCCAAGACGUGAGAGGGAUGAUAAAGUCCACGAUUCUAUCAUUGAGGAGAGAAUACAACGCGAACGCCCAUGUCGUACCCUGUUCAUUCGCAACAUUAAGUAUGAAACAGAUAGUAGUGAUGUACGUCGCCUUUUCGAAGAACAUGGCGAAAUCAAGACCUUCUUCGACCUGAUCGCAAACCGGGGAAUGGUUUUCGUUACUUACUAUGAUCUUCGAGCAGCUGAAAGAGCAAGGGAAAGACUGCAGGGUUCAGAGAUCAGCGGCCGACCGAUCGAUGUCCAUUAUUCUCUCCCUCGAGAUGAUCGCAAUGGAGGCGACAAGGAGAGAAGUCAGCAGCUGCAAGGUACAUUAUUGGUUACUCUGAAGAACUCCACAUCCAAUCAACCUAUCGACGACAAUGAGGUUCGACGCAAAUUCCAACAAUUCGGUGAUGUGAAAUCUGUCAGGCCCUCAGGAGAUCGGACUGAGUAUGUUAUUUUUAUGACCACUUCAUUGGAUGUCGCCCAACGUUAUUUACUUCACAGCCAACGGUUUGUCGAGUUCUUUGAUACCAGAGCGGCCGAUGAGGCGUACGACAGACUACGCCACCAAGGCCUUCAGGAUGGCGUGAUGGAGAUUGUUCUCGCUGCCGAACCUGAGGGCCCUCGUGGAGGAGCAGGUUCACCUCGUCGCGACGAUCGGGGUGCAUACGGCGGUCGUGACUGGGAUUACAAACCUCGUGGUGGUCGAGGAGGUCGCGGUCGCGGCCGUGGAUGGGGUGGCGAUAGCUGGGGGGACCGUCGAGAUUUCCCUCGCGAUAGUCAUCGAGGUGGACGAGAAUAUGACGACUUCGGACGUGACGCCCGUGGAUACGAUACUCGCUUUGAUGGACGUGCCGGUGCACCAGGGCCUUAUCCUGCACCUCCAGCUGGUCCAGUCGGCGGUCCCGCUCCCUAUGGAGGUGCGCCGCCACCUCCAGGCUCAUAUCCUCCACCGCCAGCCGCUGUUCCCCCUCCUGAUGAACGACUGGAGCAAGCAAAACAAGUACAACAGCUCCUGGCCGCAUUGAAGCAACCGCAGGCUGGUGGAGUGCUUCCCACUCAGCCUGCUGCGCCCCCGCCAGCGGUCCCUUCUAUGCCGCCGCAAUCAGCUCAGGGCGCAUACUACCCUCCUCAUAUGCAGCCGUCAUAUCCGGCUCCGCCCUCAGCACCUUCUGCCAUGCCUCCAUAUCCGCCACAGCCAAUGCAGCAGUCUUCAAGUUCUGGUUCACAGCCUGGAGGUCCCGCUCCGGGGACACCUUCGUUGGCUGGCUUACCACCCAACAUUCUAGCUAUGCUGCAACAAACAGCGCAGUCACAGUCGCAGCAGUCAACGCCGCCUCCAACAACCCAAGCACCUCCGUAUAACAUGCCUCCACCUCAUGUGCCAGGUGUUGCUUCUAUGCCACCAAGCAGUCAAAGCUAUCAGCAAUUGAUGGCAUACUUGUCCCAGAAACGUCCUCAAUAGCUUGCCAAGCAUCUUACUCCGUUGUGUUUUCGUGUCUCAUUCUCUUGCAUGAACCCCACUUGACAUCAUGCAAUAUGACGGCUUUUUACUACGCUUUUCUCUUCAUGUCUGUGGUAAAGUAUUGUUCAUAAUAUUAUUGAAAUUUUAUGAUGCUAUAGUUUCAUUGCUGAAAGUCGCGCUUGGGAAGACUACCUUGGUCCUGAAUCAUAAACCUAGUAAAGCUGCCGGCAAACGCCAUUAAGCCUAUCCGCAGGAUACUGGUGCUUGUUCUUGGAUCACAGACUCAUGAUCUGCAAAGAGCUGUUAAUGAAUUGCCUAGUCAUAGGGCUUAGAUAGAGAAUAGUGUUGAAGGUUGAACGUCUGUACUAGGUGAAGAAAUGCAUGUCAAUGACUAGAAGUCGUCCUACGAACAUUCCACAAGGGAAAGUGCCCUAUUUGGUUGGGCAUGUUUGAUAGUUCCAUGUAACUACAUUUUGAUCGUACAAAAGAGCUCUGGAGUGUUCAUUGU